GAUAGCUGAAUCCCAGUGGUCCGACAUGAAGGGGCUUCAGUUUGCACUGCUCGGGGUUUUGUGUUGCGCUGGAAUUGCGUCCUCAAUCACAAGGGAAUAUUUCUUUGCCAUUAAGGAGAUUCAAUGGGAUUAUGCUCCCAGCGGUAAAAACCUGAUUCAGAACAAAACCGUGCAGCAAGAUGAAGCCGCGCGGGUGUUUCUGGAGCGGGGAGAGCAGCGGAUCGGCCGGGUCUACAAAAAGGCGGUUUACCAUCAAUACACCGACGCCACCUACAGGCAGGAGAUAGACAAACCCAAAUGGCUGGGAUACCUCGGACCCCUCAUCUCUGCGGAGGAGGACGACACGGUUAUUGUGCACCUGAAAAACAUGGCGAGGAGAGCUUACUCCCUCCACGCACACGGCCUGAGCUACAACAAGACCAAUGAAGGAGCGCUGUAUCCUGAUUCAUCAGAAAAGGUGGAGAAACAUGAUGAUUCAGUGGCUCCCGGGACGACUUUCACCUAUAUCUGGACUUUACCAGCUUCUCAUGCUCCUGGCAAAGACGACACCAACUGCCUGACCAGAAUAUAUCAUUCUCACGUAAACGCCCCCAAAGACAUCGCCUCAGGUCUCAUCGGACCCCUCAUUGUUUGCAAAAAAGGCUCUCUAGACGUCCAUGGUGAUAAGACAGGAGACUAUCUGUACACACUGAUGUUUACGGUAUCUGACGAGAACCUCAGCUGGUACCUUGAUGAAAAUAUCAAGACCUACUGCUCAGCGCCUGCCAAAGUCAACAAGGAUGACGAAGCCUUCCAGGAAAGCAAUAAAAUGCACUCAAUCAACGGGUAUGUCUACGGCAACCUGCCGGACCUCAGCAUGUGCAUAGGCAAUAAGAUCCACUGGCACCUGUUUGGCAUGGGGAACGAGGUGGACAUCCAUUCAGCUUUCUUCCACGGACAGAUCCUGACUGACAAGCGGCAGCAUGUCGACACCGUCAGCCUCUUUCCAGCUACUUUUGUCAAUGUAGAGAUGGUGGCGGACAAUCCCGGCCAGUGGCUCCUCAGCUGUCAAGUCAAUGAUCAUCUGGAAGCCGGCAUGCAAGCAUUUUUUGAGAUUAAGAAGUGCUUCCCGAACGUGCAUAAACCCAGACCAUUCGGGGAAGUGAGACAGUAUUACAUUGCCGCUGAAGAAAUCAUUUGGGAUUAUGGGCCGACAGAGAUAAACCAGUACACGAUGAAGAAACUCGUUGAUGACAUUGUGUCUGACACUUUCUUUGAUAACCGCAAUGACCGGAUCGGGGGAAAAUACAAGAAGGUUCAGUAUGUGGAAUACACUGAUGACACAUUCACCAAACGCAAAGAGAAGACGCCGGAAGAGCAGCACCUGGGAAUUCUAGGUCCCGUCAUUAGAGCCGAGGAAGAGGACACGAUUAAAGUAACGUUUAGAAACAAAGCAAGCAGACCCUUCAGUAUUCAGCCACACGGAGUGCAGUACAACAUAGACAUGGAUGGAACGCUCUACCACAAUGUUCUGGAAGAGUCAUAUACUGACAAGAAGCUCCGAGAACUCAAGAAACAACCAAGAGUGAUUGAGCCCCUUCCUGCCGCAAUGGUUCGUCCCGACACCACCUACAAAUAUGAGUGGGUGGUCCCAAAAGAUGGAGGACCCACGGAAAAAGACCCUGACUGCCUCACCUACUUGUACUACUCAGCGGUGGAUCCCAUUCGGGACACCAACUCAGGGCUGGUUGGACCUCUUCUGAUCUGCAAGCCAAAAACUCUCAAAUCGGGCAAGCAGAAAAACGUGGACAAAGAAUUUCACCUUCUCGCAACUGUUUUCGAUGAAAACCUAAGCUGGUAUUUGGAUGACAACAUCAACAGAUAUGCAAAGCAGCCCAAAUCUGUGAAUAAAGAGGAUGCAGACUUUCAGGAGUCCAAUAAAAUGCACUCGCUCAAUGGAUACAUGUAUGGAAAUCUUAAAGGCUUGAACAUGUGUAAAGGUGAUAAGGUGUCUUGGCAUCUGUCCGGACUAGGAUCUGAGACAGACAUCCACGGACUUUACUUUGAAGGCAACAGGUUCCUCUACAAAGAAACCCGUAGGGACACCAUCAAUGUGUUUCCUCAUAUCUCUCACACCGUCAUCAUGGAGCCCGACAGCAUGGGGCAGUUUGAGGUCAACUGUAAAACUACGGAUCAUUAUCAUGGAGGCAUGAGGGCCAACUACACCGUGGAGAAGUGCCGCUUCUGGAACCGUCAGUCUGAGACGAUGCUACACCAGAAGAAGUAUUACAUCGCUGCAGUUGAGAUGGACUGGGACUAUUCACCCACCCGCACAUGGGAGGACAAAAUGCACAAUGGUCUGAAAGAAAGCCCAGGCAACGAGUUCCUCAAGAAAGAAGGAAAAUUUAUUGGCUCCAAAUAUAAGAAGGUGCUUUACAAAGAGUACACAGACGAAACCUUCACCAAACUCAAGGAGAGGACCGCCGAUAUGGAGCACUUGGGAAUAAUGGGACCCAUGAUCCAUGGUAAAGUAGGUGAAAAAGUGAAGAUUGUGUUCAAGAACAUGGCUAGGAGACCGUACUCCAUACACGCCCAUGGGGUCAAAACUGACAGUCCUCAAGUUGCCCUGACACGUCCAGGUGAAACCCAGACCUACACCUGGUACCUGCCGAAGAACUCUGGACCGACCGAGGAGCAGGAGGAGUGCAGUGUUGGAGCGUAUUACUCCACUGUAGACGUUAUCAAGGACAUGUACAGUGGCUUGGUCGGGCCGCUGGUCAUCUGUAAGAAGAGUUUGGCUCGUACACUGGGGCUGAAGAAGGAGGUCGAGGAGUUCGCUCUGCUCUUCAUGGUCUUUGAUGAGAAUGAAUCCUGGUAUCUGGAGGAGAACAUCAAAACUCACGUUAAAAACCCUCCCAAAGCACUGACGGAGGACCAGCAGUUCAUCGAAAGCAACAAGAUGCAUGGAAUCAAUGGUUUAGUCUUCGGCAACCUGAAAGGCCUGAACAUGAAGGUUGGAGAUAAAGUGUACUGGUAUCUGAUGGGACUGGGAAAUGAGGUGGACAUACACACAGCACACUUCCACGGCCACAGCUUCGACUAUAAGGUCAGCGGGACACACAGAGCAGACGUGUUUGAUUUGGUCCCCGGGACGUUUCAGACGGUGACCAUGCGUCCGCUGUAUUCUGGCACAUGGCUACUGCACUGUCAUGUGACCGACCACAUCCAGGCCGGAAUGGAGACCACAUACACUGUGCUGGAGAAAGACGGGCGAAAGAGGGGCUUCCUGGGCAUAUUCGGGAGUGGGUAAAAAUCUGACAGUGCCUGUCCAUGAAUUUCUUAAAUAAACACUGCAAAAGAGCACAA